AUUUUCCCUUAAAUUCCUAGAUCUCUAUUCUCUCCUCUUCCCGUGAAAACACGACGCAACGACUACAGACAGCACCAUCAGCACCGCCGGUAAUCAGCAGUAACAAACCAGCGGCACCAUACAUUACACCGCUUAACACAAUUCCCAAUCAUGUCUUGGUGCACUAUUGAGUCUGAUCCUGGUGUAUUUACAGAACUUAUACAACAAAUGCAAGUAAAAGGCGUGCAGGUUGAAGAAUUGUAUUCAUUGGAUAUUGAUUCCCUUAACAAUCUUCGGCCUGUAUAUGGAUUGAUUUUCCUUUUCAAAUGGCGUCCAGGGGAAAAAGAUGACCGAGUUGUAAUUAAGGAUCCUAACCCUAACUUGUUUUUUGCUAGCCAGGUCAUUAAUAAUGCUUGUGCAACACAGGCGAUCUUAUCUAUCCUUAUGAACUGUCCAGAUGUUGACAUUGGUCCUGAGUUGUCAAAGUUAAAAGAGUUUACAAAGAACUUUCCACCCGAACUUAAAGGUUUGGCUAUCAAUAACAGUGAUGCUAUACGUGCAGCCCAUAAUAGUUUUGCAAGGCCUGAGCCUUUUGUUCCCGAAGAGCAAAAGACUGCUGGCAAAGAUGAUGAUGUGUACCAUUUUAUUAGUUAUAUACCUGUGGAUGGGGUACUGUAUGAAUUAGAUGGACUGAAGGAGGGACCCAUUAGCCUUGGUCAGUGCCCUGGUGGGCAAGGUGACGUGGAUUGGUUGCAGAUGGUGCAGCCAGUGAUACAAGAACGCAUUGAGAGGUAUUCUAAAAGUGAGAUAAGAUUCAAUCUCAUGGCGGUAAUAAAAAACAAGAAAGAAAUGUAUACAGCUGAACUCAAGGAACUUCAAAAGAAGAGGGAACGCAUCCUUCAGCAGCUGGCUUCCUUGCAGUCAGAGAGACUAGUAGAUAAAAGCAACUUUGAAGCACUUAAUCAAUCACUUUCAGAAGUGAAUGCUGGAAUUGAAGGUGCUACUGAGAAGAUUUUGAUGGAAGAAGAAAAAUUCAAGAAGUGGAGAACUGAAAAUAUAAGAAGGAAGCACAAUUAUAUACCUUUUUUAUUUAACUUCCUCAAAAUUCUUGCUGAAAAGAAGCAAUUGAAGCCCCUUAUUGAGAAGGCAAAGCAGAAAACAAGCAGCCCUAGUUGAUGGCGAUGAAUUGUUAUACUGGCUUAUAGAACCUUUAUGAUCUUAUGGACUCUUUCGAUUAAUAACUUUGUUGUUAGGACCUGUAUUUUUUUCUUGGUUAUAAGCUGAUAUUGCCACAUGAAUGAGCUGUCAUAAAAUAAUAUAGACAUAUGAUUUAUUUU